AUGGGAAGACCUCCAUCCCCAACAACACCCCCGACCUCCACCCCCAACAACCCCCCGAUCUUCACCCCAAACAACCCCCGACCUCCAACCCCAACAACACCCCGACCUCCACCCCAAACAACCCCCCGACCUCCACUCCCAACAUCACCCCGACCUCCAUUCCCAACAACCCCCCGACCUCCACUCCCAACAACACCCGACCUCCACCCCCAACAACCCUCCGACCUCCAACACCAACAACCCUCCGACCUCCACCUCCAAACAACACCCGACCUCCACCCCAACAACACCCGACCUCCACCUCAAACAACCCCCCGACCUCCACCUCCAACAAUCCCCCGACCUCCGCCCCAAACAACCCCCCGACCUCCACCCCCAACAACCCUCCGACUUCAACUCCUAACAACCCCCCCCCCGACCUCCGCCCCCAAUAACCCCCGACCUUCACCCCCAACAACACCCCGAAAUCCACCCCAACAACCCCCGACCUCCAUCUCCAACAAUUCCCGACCUCAACUCCCAACAACCCCCCGACCUCCACCCCAAACAACCCCCCGACCUCCAUUCCCAACAUCACCCCGACCUCCACCCCCAACAACCCUCCGACCUCCACCCCCCAACAACCCUCCGACCUCGACCUCCACCCCAACAACCCCCCGACCUCCAUUCCCAACAUCACCCCGACCUCCACCCCCAACAACCCCCCGACCUCCAUUCCCAACAUCACCCCGACCUCCACCCCCAACAACCCUCCGACCUCCACCUCCAAACAACACCCGACCUCCACCCCCCGACCUCCACCCCAACAACCCCCGACCUCCACCCCCAACAAUACCCCGACCUCCACCCCCAACAACACCCCCUACCUUCACCCCAACAACCCCCCGAUCUCCACUCCCAACAACCCCCGACCUCCACCCCAACAAUCCCCCGACCUCCACUCCCAACAACCCCUCGACCUCCACCCCAACAACCCCCCGACCUCCAUUCCCAACAAUCCCCCGACCUCCACCCCGAACAACCCCCAACCUCCACCCCCACAACCCCCCCGCCUCCACCCCAAACAACCUUCGACCUUCACCCCCAACAACCCCCCCCCCCCCCGACCUCCACCCCCAAUAA